AUGACUUCAAAUGAGAACCUCGUCCCCUCGUCGACGGAGGGGAGCAUAGCUCCGUCUUCUGCUUCCAUCUCCACCAAGCCAUCGUCCUCUAUCGCAUCGAAGCCUUUCAUCGUUCGAAAUAACCGUACCUAUAUCAACGAACCUACCCUAUUAUACCCAUUACCUGUUGAUUUAGCGGAACUUCAUCGUCAAUCCUUGCGCACUCUCAUGCUCUUCCAAGUUUUUGGUGGCCCUAUAACAGCCCCUGAAUUCUCCAAUAAACCGCCUUCGCGCGUACUCGAAGUAGGAUGUGGUUCCGCAUUCUGGAGUAUGAUGUGCCAUCGGUACUUUGCGCAACACGGUCAUUCCUCCAUAUCCUUCACCGGAAUGGAUAUCGUACCUUUGGUUGGUUCCGGACUCGACCAAAACUGGAAACCCGAUAAAGAUAUGCGAUGGCGGUUUGUUCAACAUGACGUACGGCGGAUGCCGUGGCCCUUAGCCGACAAUGAAUUCGACCUAAUCAUGGUCAAAGACAUGUCCAUGUGUUCUCCAACAUUUAUGCGCGAUCCACAGCACCUCUUCGACGAAUACUUGCGUAUACUUCGACCAGGUGGUGUUUUGGAAUUUUGGGAAAGUGAUCAUACCGUACGCAUGCUACGGCCACACGUCUUAAAGCCACCAGUUGUGUCCAAGCCCGACUCGGACUCCGAUUCGGACGACAGCAGCGAGGAAGAAGACGAUGACGAGAAAUCUGGAGCAUACGUUAUGACGAAUAACACACCACUUAGCGCACCGUUGAAUCCAUUUCUGGUUGAAUACAACGGUUGGGCAAUCAAAGGGUUAGAUGCGCUAGGGGUAUCGGCUCUCCCCUGUACCUUGAUUGGACCAUAUCUCCUGCAAGAAUCGGAUAAUCUGAUGGAGGUACGGUCAAAGAGGCUAGCAAUACCGCUUAGUGAGAUUAGAUGGGAGCGUGAGGGUGUUGGCGGGGUCGUGACAAAGGACGGAAAGAGCUAUAUCGACACAAUGAAAAAAGCAAAAGGGGUCGAUUCAAAGGGCGAGAAAGUACGUGGUAAGGGUUUAUCCGCUAGUCAAGCCGCACUCAGACGAACAGCACUCGAGACAGUCGUUGGAAUGAUACUUGGUCUCGAGCCGAUACUCCGAGAAGUUAGUGGGAAAAGCCAAGACGAAUGGGACGGAUGGUCCGGCAAAAUGAUGAACGAUCUAUUGCGCGAAGGAGGGACAAGUUGGGGAGAAUGUCUAGAAGUCGGGGCUUGGAGUGCCAGAAAGAAGCUGAACGGCGCGACAUCAUGA